CUGCUGUACUGUACAUCAUACUGUGUAUAUGAUUUUUAUAUACAUAACAUGACUACUCUGGCAGUGCAUUUGUACUUCAGAUCAAGAUUGUCUGAUCAUCUCCAAUCCGUAUCACUUACCUAUCUCUCUCUCUCUUAACCUUAUGUACAGUACUCAUAUGAGGGGAUCGCCCUUAGGAACUGACGGGGAGCCAACCGAUGGAGACCCAAAAUUAAAAAAAAAAGCGGGCCAUCCUCUUUUUUUCCGCUUUCUGGUCCGUCCCCAUCACCGGAAAUCCCUGGUAACUAAUUGGUCUCGACGGGUGACUGGCUCUGGAAAAGACGCAAGGUCUUCCAGGCCAAGAAAUGUUGGUUUCGCAGCCAGUCAAUCAGUCAGUCUUUCCUGCUUUCCUCCACUACCUCCCUCGUACGUUGUAUGUUUUCUUUUGCCUCUUUGCGUCUUUUGCUUCCUUGAAUUGUAUUUCUCUUUCCUUGCCUCGGAAUCAAGUUUUACCAUCAGUCCAAUCACUAGUAACUCUAAUUGACGUGACCAAUGGUGGAUAUCGCUCCCGCCUACCUACUUGAUGACUGGAUUUAGUGUUGUGGUUCAGGAGCCUGGAGAUCUAUGCUGCAGCAAUCAGUUAGCGGGCUGGGAUGAUAAUAAGGAUGGGUAGGUAUCACCAAGGCACGCAC